UUUCAAUAUAGUUCUGAAAUAAAACUUUCAAUAUCAUUUUGGGAUUAUCUUCGAUACUAAAAAUGCGAAUUUUAUUCCCAAUUUUCUUGGCGUUUAUAUUCGUCUGUAUUGAACAGACGACCUCAUAUUUCGUCUGCCCACCGAACGAAUUCUUCGACAGUUGUGGUUCAGCAUGCUUCCCUACAUGUCAAAGGCCACCAACGAAGAUUUGCAUUCGUAGAUGUGAGAUUAAUUGCUUCUGUAUGCCCGGUUUCAUCAGAGACGAAAUAUCAGGAAAAUGUGUUCGAAUAUGUCCAUGAGAUAAAACUAAGUCUUCAUUGUUCGAUUAGAAUUAAUAAACUAACCUGCGUCGAAAAAUGA